CUGCUGCUGCAAGCGACUUGGAGCGACAAAAGCAAAGAUGAUUGGAAAUACCAUCAUACAGUACGCUGUUGGCGACGACCGAUUCGAUUCUAUUAGAAAGGGCAAGAUGGCAGAGGAUAAGAGUUUGACGGAAGCAUGCAGUAAAUGCGUGGGUGAGGCAGAAAGCUGGAGGUGCCAAAAAUGAGGAUGACGUCAGCGAAAGAUCUCUGCUUCCACACCCCUCACAACGUUGUGCCGAAGCGCAAAGGAUGGACAUCAGCCAUCAGCUACCGGUAUGCAUAGCCGACUGCCGUAAGCUACGAUGGCCAUCACUCAGCAUCUUGUCAUCCUGGUUGUGUCUUUAUCCAUUGCUGCUGAAGUACAUGCAUUUAUCCCUUUCAUUACCUCAGAGCCGGCUUUCAAACUUGAGCAAACUUGCCGUGCUCGCGACAGCCAUGGUAAUGUACCGGUGGGAUCUUCCAAUCAGUGGUACCGAUCAUCACGGCAAACGGCCACUGCUUGCAACCAUACAGACAAAGUUGACAAUGACUCGCUGUCUCAUUGGCUGUCAUCUCCAGAGCUGUACGCUGAACGACUGGGCUUGUCGGUGGAUCAAGUCCAGCGGCACAAACAAGAGCACUACGCCGCCUCGGAAGCCUUGCAACAACAAAUGAAACAGACAAAGAUCACUGGCGCCGAAAAACAUCAAUUGAUUUGCGAGCAUCGAUAUCGGCAUGGCAAACAUCCCUUUGUCUGCCCCACCUGCUGGUGUUACGGUCCCAUUUGUCUCUGUGAUGAUGCAGCUGCAACAGACAGAAUACCCCUGACCAAUACGGUCAAGCAGGUGAUUCUUUGGACGCAUCACCGAGAAUGGGGAUCCAUUUCCAAUUCGGGCUCGCUUCUACCGCUCCGACUAGACAAUACUCAACUUUUCAUGAAGGGUCUCCCUCAACAUGAUGCUGCAUUCCAGAAAAUCCUAGACACAAACGACAAUCUUGUGGUGCUCUGGCCAGACAACAAUGACAACAAUGACACAAACCCCAAGGAGGUGGAUGAUGACGACCGGAUAAGCUGGCAAGAUCUUGAAACAAUGUUGCUACGCGGCAAUAAUCAAAGUGAAGAACAUGGUUUGAUUUUGAUUGCUCUGGAAGGAACUUGGCGCACGGCUAGACGCAUGGUAUCCAAACUACCAGCCAAAGUGAAGCGCAUAUCUCUGCCGACACAAGUUGCCUUUUGGAACCAUUCCAUAAUGGCCAAGGAAAACACAGCAACAACCAUAUCGCAAGACACAACAAGGCAAUCCAUAUUACAACCACUGCGGCGGCAAGAAGGUGGAAAUCCGGACAACCUCUGCACUGCCGAAGCCGUCACGGCCGCGUUGGUGGGGCUUGGAUUGCCACCCACAGAUGGAAAUCAAAUCUUGCAUCUCGUCCAGAAAAAGGUUGACCGGACGAGGCGCUACCAAGGGAAACGAACCAGAUAGCCUCUACAAGUGAAGCAUGAAAAGAUCUUAACUUGAAUAUUGUUUCUAUUAGCUAGCUGAAAGGAGGUCUGUUUGCAGGAUUGAAUUUCCGCA